AUGCUAAAAAGAACCUAUGUUCAAGCCCUUUUCGACUUCCCGAUAUUGCGCCGAGAAUCACAAAAUGACUUGCACUCGUUGGUCGAAAAAUUCGAAGCCAACGUCCGUAUUUUGAAACAACUAGGGGAAGCCACCGAACAUUGGGACUUGCUUUUAAUACAUCUUCUUGCUAGCCGCUUAGAUCCCAUCACCCGUCGGGAUUGGGAAGAACAUUCGUCCGCUUCCGAAAACACAACUUUCCGACAACUUACCGAUUUCAUCCAGCGCCGAGUAAAUGUCCUUGAACAAUUAUCGUCCAAGCCACAAAAAGAAUCCCAAUCCCAUUCCCAGCCACAAUCACAAAAUCGCCGCCCCAACUAUCCUCGUUCAGCCAACCACACAACAUUCCCAGAGCCCAGAAAGCGAAAAUGCAUCGCUUGCCCCCAAGAACACAGCAUUUUUAAUUGCCCCAGUUUCUCAAGAUUACCACUUAUUGAAAAAACUGCACUCGCGAAACGAAACCGACUUUGUUUGAAUUGUUUCCGACGAGGACACUAUGCGCGCGAAUGUCCGUCGGAUAACUGCUGCAAGAAUUGCAGAUCGAGACACCACACGCUUCUCUGCCCCAACACACAUACCCACACCAAUUCAAACCCCGUUAGAACAAUCGUCAACACACCACCAGUCAGCGCCGAACAACAAUCGUCAUCAGCUCCAGCUCCUGCUCCGAGAAUCAACGUAGCUCACUCCGGGAUCACCAGUACCAGCACCAGUUGCCACUCACCAACCUUCGAUCGAUCCCGAGUACUCUUAGCCACGGCCGUUGUGGUGGUAGUCGAUGACGUAGGAAACCAACAUCUAGCUCGUGCCUUGCUGGAUUCUGGCAGCGAAUGUUGUUUUGCCACCAGUCGCUUGUACAACCUUAUGAAGGUCAGAAGAACCAAGGUUGAUGUUCCCAUAGCAGGAAUUGGAAGCUCAUCGACGAAAGUUAAGUUCCAAUUUAAUGCAAUCAUUAAGUCCCGCACAUCAGAUUACACAACAACACUACCAUUCCUAAUUCUACCAAAAGUCACUAUCGAUCUGCCCACUAUUAACGUUAACACUUCCCAAUGGCCAAUCCCCAAGAACCUACAAUUUGCCGAUCCCGAUUUCCAUCAAAGGCACACUAUUGAUCUCGUGCUGGGAGCCGAGAUAUUUUUCGAUCUUUUUUCACCCCCUGGUCAUAUCUACUUGGGUGAAUCAAUGCCGUCGGUAAUCAAUUCCGUAUUCGGAUGGGUCGUCUCGGGAAAAACAACAUCCAACGCAAGCUUUCCACAAACCACCCCUAAGAUUUGUCAGGUAGCCACUCUCAAAAGAUUGGAAAACCAAAUGGAAAAGUUUUGGUUGAUAGAUGAAAGCGCAUUCCCAUCAUCAUCUUAUUCCCCCGAAGAAAGCAAGUGCGAAGAAUUUUUUCUGCCGUACCGUUAG